GAAGGCCCUGGCGGGAAGAUGACAGAUACACCUGUCACCAGGCCCGGUUUCUCCCGAAGGGGAGGACGCUGGAACUGUGGCUGUCCCUGAACAGCCGAGAAGAGUUCGCGAUGAAUCAUCCGCGCCGGAGUGGGAAACGGCGGCGUUCAACAUUAGGCUCAGACUCCUGGGGAAGCGGCGAUGACAGCAGUGACAGUCCCCUACUCCCCUUGGGGCGGGUGCUGAGCCCGCCCCCCGGCCUGGGACGCAGUUUGAUGGACAGAGGCCGCCCGCCGGCCGCAGCUGCAGAGGAAUGCAAGCAAACAGUUCCUGACGACCAAAUAGACAAGCUGCUAUUGGCAAAUUGGGGACUUCCUACAGCGGUUUUGGAGAAAUAUCACAGUUUUGGUGUAAAAAAGAUGUUUAAAUGGCAGGCAGAGUGCCUUUUGCUUGGACAAGUCCUGGAAGGAAAGAAUUUAGUCUAUUCAGCUCCUACAAGUGCUGGGAAGACUCUUGUUGCUGAAUUACUUAUUUUGAAGCGGGUUUUGGAAAUGAGGAAGAAAGCUUUGUUUAUUCUGCCCUUUGUCUCUGUGGCUAAAGAGAAGAAAUACUAUCUCCAGAGUCUGUUUCAGGAAGUAGGAAUAAAAGUAGAUGGUUACAUGGGCAGUACCUCUCCAAAAGGGCGUUUCUCUUCCUUGGAUAUUGCUGUUUGCACAAUUGAGAGAGCCAAUGGUCUGAUCAAUCGCCUUAUAGAAGAAAAUAAGAUGGAUCUAUUAGGAACGGUGGUUGUAGAUGAAUUACAUAUGCUGGGAGACUCUCACCGAGGAUAUCUGCUGGAACUUUUGUUGACUAAGAUUUGCUAUAUUACUCAGAAAUCAGCGUCUUGCCAGGCAGAUUUAGCCAGUCCUCUGUCUUAUGCUGUGCAGAUUAUUGGCAUGAGUGCUACUCUUCCUAAUUUGGAGCUUGUGGCUUCCUGGUUGAAUGCUGAACCCUACCGCACCGACUUCCGUCCUGUACCACUGUUGGAGUCAGUAAAAAUUGGAAAUUCCAUAUAUGACUCUUCAAUGAAGCUUGUGAGGGAAUUUCAACCCAUGUUACAAGUGAAGGGAGAUGAAGACCACGUUGUUAGUUUAUGCUAUGAGACCAUUCGUGAUAACCAUUCGGUAUUACUUUUCUGUCCAUCAAAGAAAUGGUGUGAGAAGCUGGCAGACAUUAUUGCCCAGGAAUUUUACAAUCUACACCAUCAAGCUGAGGGAUUGGUAAGAUCAUCUGAACUUUCACCAGUGAUACUAGAACAAAAGGGCCUCCUAGAAGUGAUUGAUCAGCUAAAACGUUCGCCUUCAGGACUGGACUCUGUAUUACAAAAAACUGUACCAUGGGGAGUAGCAUUUCAUCAUGCAGGUCUUACUUUUGAGGAGAGGGAUAUCAUUGAAGGAGCCUUCCGUCAAGGUCAGAUUCGGAUCUUGGCAGCAACGUCUACUCUUUCAUCUGGGGUGAAUUUACCUGCACGUCGUGUGAUUAUUCGGACUCCUAUUUUCAGUGGUCGAACUUUAGAUAUUCUUACUUAUAAGCAGAUGGUUGGUCGUGCUGGCAGGAAAGGAGUAGACACAGUAGGUGAGAGUAUCUUAAUUUGUAAGAACUCUGAGAAAUCAAAAGGCAUAGCUCUACUUCAGGGAUCUCUAAAACCUGUUCGCAGCUGUCUGCGAAGAGAAGAAGGAGAAGAAGUAACUGCGAGCAUGAUAAGAGCUAUUCUGGAGAUAAUAGUUGGUGGUGUGGCGAGUACAUCACAAGAUAUGCAGACUUAUGCUUCUUGCACAUUUUUGGCUGCAAGUAUGAAAGAAGGGAAGCAGGAAAUUCAGAAAAAUCAAGAUCCUGUUCACCUUGGAGCAAUUGAGGCCAGUGUAUUGUGGCUGCUAGAAAAUGAAUUCAUCCAGGCGACUGAAGCUAGUGACGGAACAGAAGGAAAAGUAUAUCAUCCAACACAUCUUGGUUCGGCAACUCUUUCUUCUUCACUUUCUCCAACUGAUACUUUAGAUAUUUUUGCUGACCUCCAAAGAGCAAUGAAGAGCUUUGUUUUAGAGAAUGAUCUACAUAUUGUCUAUCUGGUUACACCUAUGUUUGAGGACUGGACUACAAUAGAUUGGUAUCGAUAUUUCUGUUUGUGGGAGAAGUUGCCAACUUCUAUGAAACGGGUGGCAGAGCUAGUGGGAGUUGAAGAAGGGUUCUUGGCUCGCUCUGUGAAAGGAAAAGUAGUAGCCAGAACUGAAAGACAGUACCGACAAAUGGCCAUCCAUAAAAGGUUUUUUACCAGUCUUGUGUUAUUAGAUUUAAUCAGUGAAGUUCCCUUAAAGGAAAUUAAUAAGAAAUAUGGAUGCAAUCGUGGACAGAUUCAGUCUUUACAACAGUCAGCUGCUGUUUAUGCAGGGAUGAUUACAGUAUUUUCCAAUCGCCUGGGCUGGCACAACAUGGAACUACUACUUUCCCAAUUUCAGAAGCGUCUUACAUUUGGCAUCCAGAGGGAGCUGUGUGACCUGGUCCGGGUGUCCUUACUUAAUGCACAGAGAGCCAGGUUUCUCUACGCUUCUGGCUUUCUUACUGUGGCAGAUCUUGCCAGAGCAAAUAUUGCUGAGGUGGAGACUGUUCUGAAAAAUGCUGUGCCUUUUAAAAGUGCCCGAAAGGCAGUGGAUGAGGAAGAGGAAGCAGUUGAAGAACGUCGGAAUAUGCACACUAUUUGGGUGACUGGUAGAAAAGGUUUAACUGAAAGGGAAGCAGCAGCCCUAAUAGUGGAAGAAGCCAAAAUAAUUCUACAGCAGGACUUAGUUGAAAUGGGAGUGCAAUGGAAUCCACAUUCCCUUUUAAAUUCUGAUACACACUCAUUGACCAGCAGUGAGUCAGAAGUAAAGGAACACAAAUUUAUAUCCCAAACUAAGAGUUCUUGUAAAAGAUUAACAUCAGAGAAAAAAAGUAACACAAUAUUUAGUGAUUCUUCUGUUAAGCAUUCACCAAAUACAGUGCAAGAUUUAGAUAAAAACGGAGAGCAUACAAAUUCUUUUUAUUAUCAGGAUGGGCAUCAACAACGUCAGGUACGUUCUAUUUCCAGAGCAAGAAAACGGAUGUCCUUGAAUAUAAGUAAAGAGAAGCUGGGAACCUCUCCAAAUGAGGGAAAAACAAGUACUAAGAAAAUUGUUCAGACUCUCUCAUCUGAGAAAACAAAAAAGGAAGCUUUGAAUUGCAGUUCAGAAAAGCUGGGUACCACCUUUCGAUCUUGGAAACAUAGUAAGCAUCUAAAACGAUCCAGAUGCAGUAGCCCUGUGAAAGACUGUGGAAAGCGUAGAACUGAUUUACAAAAACAAACUGUAUCUAAUCCUGUUCCUUGUGAAGACUCAUUUACCUUAGAUGAAAAGAAUAUGGAAUUUGGAAGUCCUGGGCCAUUUGCUAAAAAUGUAUCUUUCAGUGCUGAGGGAAAAUAUAAUAAAACAUCAUUCCCAUCACAAACAGAACAAAGUUGUUCAAGGAAGAAAACAAUAAAUAGUGGUAUUCUUGUUGAGCAUUAUAGCACAGGAUCCCAGAGUGAAAAACAGACUUGUCAAGCCACUAGUGUGGUUAGUGAAAAUGGAAGAGGAUUAACUGUUGUGGAGUCAGAAAAAAUAGAUGAAGUGCUGGUAGAAAAUGAUUCAAAAAAACGUAAUAUUUAUGUGAGACACCAUGAUAUGCAUCCGAUUAACCAGUGCACUAAGAAGCAGUCUGAUAAACAGACAAACACUUAUACUAAACAGAAAAAAAUAAUAGAGACGCAAAUGCCCUGUGAGAUAGUCAGUGGUUAUAUGACUAGAGACUCAAAGGCUAGUAUUAUCGAAUGUAAAAGUGUAAAGUUUAAUGCUGAGGAAAAUAAAUUAAAUAAUCUUCAGGUAUCGGGAGAUAACAUAAGCAGCACUGAUAUACCCAGUGGAUUACAUCUACCAACUGGAGCAUUUGGUAAAUCUGGAGGCCAGCAUAAGAAUUUUGUAAAUCCUUCUAGAAUUCAAGGACAAACAGAUGCUCAUGCAGCAAACAAAAAUAAUUGUGUUUCUGGCUUAGGGUUAGUUCCUUGUGAUUUUGAAGAUAGUUUCUACCUGGAUACUCAGUCAGAGAAAAUAAUACAACAGAUGGUAACUGAAAAUGCCAAACAAGAAGCAGCAAAGGACACCAAUCUGGCAGCGGAGAUGAUGCGGAAGAGCCUGGGCACCCAGGGCUCAAUGAGCUCUUCUCAGAAUGACAUUUACUUUGCCUUUCCUGGUGACCAGCGUUCUCCAGGAGGGACAAAUGUAGACCAUUUGGAACCGACGACUGCAGGCACUGUGAAACGAAGCACUGAUUCACCUGGGGUUGAUAUCCUGACUCCAGAAAGCCCACUUUUUCAUUCUCCAGUAUUAUUGAGGCAAAAUGGCCCUUGUUUUAAAGGGAAUGAACUUUCUGUUACUGACUCCCAAUUAAAUAGUUUUCUUGAAGGUUAUCAAACACAGGAAGCUAUGAAACCAGUUAUAUCUCUAGUUCCUCAAAAGAGAACUCCCACUGGCGUAGAAGUAGAAUGUCUGCCAGUUCCUGAAACAAGUUUAAAUUUGAGUGAUAGUUUACUGUUUGACAGUUUCAGUGAAGACUACCUCAUUAAAGAACAACCACCUGGUGUCCAAACAAAAGAACCCCUUCCUUCUGAAAUAAUGUCAGACCAUUUCAGUGAUUCUUUAUGUCUGAAACCAGAGGACCCAAUUAAAUCAAAUAUGGAUGCGAAUCAAGAUAAUCAGCAGCAGUUGACUUGUUUCAGUGAUGAGUCUAUUGUAUUUUCAGAAAUAGAUUCUGUUCAGAUGGUUGAAGCUUUGGAUAAUGUAGAUAUAUUUCCUGUCCAGGAUAAACAUAAUACUGCAGUAUCUUUUAGAACAUUAGAACCAUGUGAUCCAGUGGGUAAUGAUUAUCCCCAAAGAGAAGUAAUUGAAGGAGAUGAAGAUGAAAAGUCUCAAGAAUCCAAAUUAACUGGGACAAAACAAAAUAAUUCAUUACUAUGGUCAGGAGAAUCAUUUGAUUUAAGUCCAGGACUGCAAAGGAUUUUAGAUAAAGUGUCCAGUCCUCUAGAAAAUGAACAGCCAAAAUUAACCACUACAGACUUGUCUAGUUUGAAAGAAAAAAACAGAGAGUUAAAUGACAAACAAGAAGUAGUUUCAAAUUUGGAGUUAAAUCAAGUACAACGAAUUUCAUAUUCCCCUAAUAUGGACAUAAAAAGCACGAUUGAGGCAUUUGCGAACAAUGCUAUUCAUGGUGAAACCCCAUCCCUCUUGCCUUGUAAGGAAAGCUAUACAGUUGAUGAUAAUGGACUCAUUCCUCCUACACCCAUUCCAGCGUCUGCUUCUAAGCUGGCAUUUCCAGGUAUUCGUGAAACAUCUUCUGGAAAACUUUGGAAAACUAGUAGUGUUUUACAACCUGGUGAAAGUUAUUCGUUUGGCUUACCUUCAGCUAUUAAAAGCCAUGACUUAAGCCCAGAGAAUAGAAAGAAUGUAAAAGACAACAGUCCUGUUGGAGACACAAGUUUUUCACUGCAGUUAUCACAGGAUGGAUCACAGUUAACUCCAGCCUCAUGCAGUUCAGAAAGCUUGGCCAUAAUUGAUGUAGCAAGUGACCAAAUUCUCUUUCAAACGUUUAUAAAGGAGUGGCAGUGCAAAAAGCGAUUUUCCAUCUCACUGGCUUGUGAAAAGAUCAGUAAUUUGACAUCUUGUAAAAGUGCUACUAUUGGUGGUAGGUUUAAGCGAGUUAGCUCACCUCAGGAAACCCCCAUUAGAGAUGAUGGAUUUCCUGUUAAGGAUUGUGAUGACAUCUUGGUGGUUGGACUGGCAGUAUGUUGGGGUGGAAGAGAUGCCUAUUAUAUUUCACUGCAGAAAGAACAAAAACAUUCUGAAAUUAGUGCAAGUUUGGCUCCACCAUCUCUGGAUCCAAACCUGACUGUGAAAGACAGAAUGUGGCAUCUUCAAUCCUGCUUUCCAAAAGAAUCUGAUAAAGAACGUUCUGUUAUCAUCUAUGACUUCAUCCAGAGCUAUAAAAUUCUUCUUCUGUCUUGUGGCAUCUCCCUGGAACAAAGUUUUGAAGAUCCUAAGGUGGCGUGCUGGUUAUUAGAUCCAGAUUCUAAGGAGCCGACUCUUCACAGCAUAGUGACCAGUUUUCUGCCUCAUGAGCUUCUACUCCUAGACGGGCUAGAGUCUGGCCAAGGAAUUCAAAGCCUGGGACUGAAUGUCGGCACUGAGCAUUCUGGGCGAUACAGAGCGUCUGUAGAGUCCAUUCUCAUCUUCAACGCUAUGAAUCAACUCAAUUCAUUGUUAAAGAAGGAAAACCUGCAAGAUGUUUUCUGUAAAGUGGAAAUGCCCUGUCAGUACUGCUUGGCCUUGCUAGAGCUAAAUGGAAUCGGCUUUAGUACUGCAGAAUGUGAAAGUCAGAAACACAUAAUGCAAGCCAAGCUGGAGGCAAUUGAGACUCAGGCCUAUCAACUUGCUGGCCACAGUUUUUCCUUCACCAGUUCAGAUGACAUCGCUGAGGUUUUAUUUUUGGAAUUGAAGUUGCCACCAAAUGGAGAGAUAAACCAAGGUGGCAAGAAAACUUUGGGUUCCACCAGAAGAGGGAAUGACAAUGGACGCAAACUGAGCCUAGGAAAACAGUUCAGCACUAGAAAGGAUGUGUUAAAUAAAUUAAAGGCAUUACAUCCUUUACCAGACUUGAUAUUAGAGUGGAGAAGAAUCACCAAUGCUAUUACCAAGGUAAUCUUUCCCCUGCAGCGGGAAAAGCGUCUGAAUCCUUUUCUUGGAAUGGAAAGAAUCUAUCCUGUAUCACAGUCACACACUGCUACAGGACGAAUAACCUUUAUAGAACCAAAUAUUCAGAAUGUGCCAAGAGAUUUUGAGAUCAAAAUGCCAACACUAGUAGGAGAAAGCCCACCUUCCCAAGCCCUAGGCAGGGGCCUACUUCCCACGGGCAGAGGAAGAAAUAGAAAGGGUUGUGGCCUAAACCCUGGGCACCAGGCACAGAUGGAGGAGAGAGCCUCAGACAGAGGAAUGCCAUUUUCAGUCAGCAUGCGACAUGCCUUUGUGCCUUUUCCAGGUGGUUUAAUAUUAGCUGCUGAUUACUCUCAACUUGAACUGAGGAUCUUGGCUCAUUUAUCUCAUGAUCAUCGUCUCAUUCAAGUAUUAAACACUGGAGCUGAUGUUUUCAGGAGUAUUGCAGCUGAAUGGAAGAUGAUUGAGCCAGAGUCUGUUGGGGAUAAUCUGAGGCAACAAGCAAAGCAGAUUUGCUAUGGAAUCAUUUAUGGAAUGGGAGCUAAAUCUUUGGGAGAGCAGAUGGGCAUUGAAGAAAAAGAUGCUGCUUGCUACAUUGACUCCUUCAAAUCCAGAUACACAGGGAUUAAUCAUUUCAUGAAAGAGACGGUGAAGAAUUGUAAAAGAGAUGGGUUUGUUCAGACCAUUUUGGGACGGCGUAGGUAUUUACCAGGAAUCAAAGACAACAACCCUUAUCAUAAAGCUCACGCUGAGCGUCAGGCAAUCAACACAACAGUCCAAGGUUCAGCGGCCGAUAUUGUCAAAAUAGCCACAGUUAACAUUCAGAAGCAACUAGAGACCUUCCACUCAACCUUCAAAUCCCAUGGUCAUCGGGAGGUUAUGCUCCAAAGUGACAAAACAGGAUUGUUACCAAAGAGAAAACUUCAAGGGAUGUUCUGCCCAAUCAGAGGAGGCUUCUUCAUCCUCCAACUCCAUGAUGAACUCUUAUAUGAAGUAGCAGAAGAAGAUGUUGUUCAGGUAGCUCAGAUUGUCAAGAAUGAAAUGGAAAAUGCCAUACAACUUUCUGUGAAACUCAAAGUGAAAGUGAAAAUAGGUGCCAGCUGGGGAGAGCUGAAGAACUUUGAUGUGUAAUUAUACCAUUGAUUAAAUUCCCUUAGGGAAGACUUGUAUAGGUCCAAUCACAUGGAAAGAAUAGAAACUACCCUUUUGCCUAGUUCACGAAAAAAUAGAAACCCUCAGGUCUUGAUGGACUUAGGAUAGUAAUUUUAUAAUGAGAGUUUCAAAAUGUGUAUGAGAAUUUAUUCUCUGUAAUGUAAAAAUCUUUUUUGAGACAAAAUACCAAGUUUAAUGAUUAUGUUCACUCUCAAAGAGUAUCUAUAAAAUUGCCUUUUAUAGUUUACUGUGGCUCUAAGCAGGUUCAGAACACAUGCCUAAAAUACGCACUUAGCACUUGAGUCCUCAUCUGCCUGGGUUGAGCAUAAGGAAAAUGGAACUAAGUAUUUCCAGCUCUGUCCAGGAUUCAGACACUUGUGAUGUAGACCUAACCCGAGCCAUAGGAAGGUAAAGAUUUGAUUGCACAUACACCACCAGGGUUAGGCCUUGUGUGUGAUUUUUCUCAAAUAUCAAUCUAAGCCUACUGAAGUAGUAUUUUUGAAUAGCACUGGCUAAUAAAUUACAAAUUCUAUGAAGUGGUAAGACUUGAUAUGGAUGUAAUCUAGGAAUGGAUUUUCAUGAAAUGCUGUUUCUUCUGCCUUUUCCCUCCCCCGUUCAAUACGUAGGUAUUGUAAAACAAGCUAUACCUCUUCAAGAGGUAUCCUGUUCUGUAAGAUCAGAUGUUUAUAUUGCAGUUUAGCAUAGUACUGCCAGAGAAGUACUUUAGUGCCCCUUACUGUUUGUGACAUGGUGAGAAUACCCCCUC